AUGUCGAUACAUCUGCACUGUUGCAGUUUUUGCCGUCUAAAAUAUUCGGAUUUUCAGGACCAACUAAGGCGUGAACAGGAAAAAAAACCAAGAAAAAAAUUAAUUUUACCACCAGUUAUUCCGUGGGAAUAUGGUUCCAAUAAAUUUGCUAGCCAAAAAGGUACUGGCGGUUUUGGAUGUUUACGAAAUGCAACUGUUUCUGUUACGAGCAGCAAGGAAUUAAGCGAAAGCAGUGAUGGAGUAAUACCGAGAUUUGGAUGCCCACCACUCUGGGACAAAGAGCUCGGCUCUCAGUCUGGCCUCAUCCCAUUUGGUGGCAUUCGAGAACAUGCUUUGAAAAUUCAGGAUAAGGAAGGUGAACGAAGAAAGGACAUUCACAGGUUGGCCAAUAGAGAAUCUGAAAGUAUUUUAAAACUAUGGGCUCAACCAAAUCCCGAUGCUAAAAUUGCUAAACCUUUUGGUCAUAAAAGAAAUGAAGUUACGGAGGUAGUUGGAGGUCGUCGUUUCAGCGCCCAGGAAUUGCAAGCUUCACGAGCAGCUAUACCACGUUUUCAAGAUCCGCGAAAUACAAUUGCUGCCAGAGCGGAAAAGGAACACAAGAAGAAAGUUUCAUCUGGAAGUUUGGUAAUACCACAUCCAUUUGCUCAUUUGGCAGUACCGCAGCCUCGGAUUCAUUCUGUAUCGGAUACUAAAUCGUUUGUAGUGGACAGUGCAUCCUCGGACAGCAGUAAAAAUGGUGAAGAAUUGACUGCUGAACAAUACAUGGCUUGGCUUGGUGGUCAGUAUUUCUGA